ACUACUAUAAAUACGACUAACGAGUCGGUCCCCGAACUCACUUCUGAAUCAACUUUCACUGAGUAAAGUUCUCACUCCGUUUGUCUGUGCGUUUCGCGCUGUCCUGUUCCUAGAACAACCCCAGGGUGCUAAUCGUCGUAGAGUGCUUGAAAUUUUAAGAACGGAAAAAGCCGGAAUCAUGAAACCAUUCACCGUUGGAGUCAUCUUUGUGGCCGCCCUGUGCGUUGCCCACGUUUUCGGAGCCGACGAGCCAGCAAAGGACAAGAACGCGGCCCCUGCCGCUGCUGAGGCUGAUGAUGAUGAUGAAGGCAUCAGGAUCUACAAACGGCUCAUCCCGGCUGAUGUGCUGCGAGAUUUCCCCGGAAUGUGCUUCGCAUCCACCCGCUGUGCCACCAUUGAGCCUGGCAAGUCCUGGGAGCUAACUCCAUUCUGUGGACGCUCAACUUGCGUUGUCUCAGAAAGCAAUCCAAGCCAACUGCUCGAGCUGGUCGAGGACUGUGGACCACUGCCACUGGCCAACGAAAAGUGCAAGCUGGACAGCGACAAGACCAACAAGACUGCUCCCUUCCCGUACUGCUGCCCCAAGUUCACCUGCGAGCCGGGAGUAAAAUUGGAAUACCCAGACAUCAAGGCCCCUGAAGGUGCCGCCCCCGAGGACAAGAAAAAUUAAAUGAAGCAGGAGAUCCCGCUCUUUUGAACGACUUUGUUCUAAGCUAUUGUAUUUUUUUUCUUUAAUUCGGAGUACUUUGUGAAUUGCCAACGGAAUACAUUAUAUUCAAUUUAUUCAUGGCAGAAGCUGUAGAACAUUACGUGUUACAAAUCCUCAAUAUAUAGCCUAUCAAAAAAAAAAAAACAUCAACAGAAAUGCACACAACAGAAUGUGUAUUAUCGAACAGGAAACUCUCACACCAUAUACCUAUUAGUCAAGUAUGUGAUAUUAGAAAUAUGUAUUUAUCAGACGCGGUAAAAAUACUAUUUUCGUUACCAUUCCCGAUUCCUCGUGUGUAAAAAGGAUGUGAAAUUCUCAGCGUUUUCUGAAGAGAAAUUAUUCUCGAAAAAAAUGUUUUAUUUUGUUUUGUUUAUUACGUUCUCACUCUAAACAAUACUUAAUUUUGUUUUGUGAAUGAAAAAUGAUGAUUUUAACGAAUAAAGUUCUCAGUUUUACAUUUAAA